AUGGCCAGCACCGUGAGCCCCAGCCCCCCGACCGGGACCCCGGGUCCCCCUGAGAUGUCGGAGCGCAUCCGGAACGCGGCCGACAUCUCCGUCAUCGUCAUCUACUUCGUGGUGGUGAUGGCCGUGGGGCUGUGGGCCAUGCUGAGGACCAACCGGGGCACCGUGGGGGGCUUCUUCCUGGCUGGCCGCGACAUGGUCUGGUGGCCGAUGGGCGCCUCCCUCUUCGCCAGCAACAUCGGCAGCGGCCACUUCGUGGGGCUGGCAGGCACCGGGGCGGCCUCGGGCAUCGCCACUGCCGUCUUUGAGUGGAACGCCCUGCUGCUGCUGCUGGUGCUCGGCUGGUUCUUCGUCCCCAUCUACAUCAAGGCGGGCGUGAUGACCAUGCCCGAGUACCUCAAGAAGCGCUUCGGGGGGCAGCGGCUCCAGAUCUACCUCUCCGUCCUCUCCCUCUUCAUCUGCGUGGCCCUGAGGAUCUCGUCAGACAUCUUCUCCGGAGCCAUCUUCAUCAAGCUGGCCCUGGGGCUGGACCUGUACCUGGCCAUCUUCAUCCUCCUGGCCAUCACGGCCAUCUACACCAUCACGGGGGGCUUGGCCUCGGUGAUUUACACGGACACCCUGCAGACCAUCAUCAUGCUCAUCGGCUCCUUCAUCCUCAUGGGCUUUGCGUUUGCCGAGGUCGGAGGCUACGAGAGCUUCAUGGAGAAGUACAUGCACGCCAUCCCGUCCGUGGUCGAAGGCGACAACCUGACCAUCAGGCCCGAGUGCUACACCCCCCGGGCCGACUCCUUCCACAUCUUCCGAGACGCCGUCACCGGGGACAUCCCGUGGCCGGGAAUGAUCAUAGGCAUGACCAUCGUGGCUGCAUGGUACUGGUGCACAGACCAGGUUAUCGUGCAGCGCUGCCUGUCCGGCAAGGACAUGUCCCACGUGAAGGCCGCCUGCAUCAUGUGCGGGUACCUGAAGCUGCUGCCCAUGUUCCUCAUGGUGAUGCCGGGCAUGAUCAGCCGCAUCCUGUACACAGAGAAGGUGGCCUGCGUGGUUCCCUCCGAGUGUGUGAAGCACUGUGGCACCGAAGUCGGCUGCACCAACUACGCCUACCCAAUGCUGGUGAUGGAGCUGAUGCCUGACGGGCUGCGAGGCCUGAUGCUGUCGGUCAUGCUGGCGUCCCUCAUGAGCUCCCUGACCUCCAUCUUCAACAGCGCCAGCACCCUCUUCACCAUGGACCUCUACACCAAGAUCCGGAAGCAGGCCUCGGAGAGGGAGCUCCUCAUUGCCGGGCGGCUGUUCAUCAUCCUGCUGAUUGUCGUCAGCAUCCUGUGGGUCCCGCUGGUACAAGUGUCUCAGAACGGGCAGCUGUUCCACUACAUAGAGUCCAUCUCGAGCUACCUGGGGCCGCCCAUCGCCGCCGUCUUCCUGCUCGCCAUCUUCUGCAAGCGAGUCAACGAGCAGGGAGCCUUCUGGGGUCUCAUCAUCGGGCUGCUGAUCGGCCUGUUUCGGAUGAUCGCGGAGUUUGCCUAUGGAACAGGGACGUGCCUGGCCGCCAGCAACUGCCCCACAAUCAUCUGCGGCGUGCACUACCUGUACUUCGCCAUGAUCCUCUUCGUCAUUUCCAUCGCGGUCAUCCUGGGCGUCUCCCUGCUCACCAAGCCCAUCCCCGACGUGCAUCUGUACCGCCUGUGCUGGUCUCUUCGGAACCGGACAGAGGAGCGGAUCGAUUUAGAUGCGGACGAGCAGAGGCAGGAGGACGCUGCCGACGAUGCGGAUGAAGACGAUCCCGGGGAGACGCAGGGGUGUCUCCGGAGAGCCUACGAGGCGUUCUGCGGCCUGCAGAGGAAAGGCCCCAAGCUGAGCAAAGAGGAGGAGGAAGCCCAGAGGAAGAAGCUGACGGACACGUCCGAGAAGCCCUUCUGGAGGACCGUGGUGAACGCCAACGCCGUGGUGCUGCUGGCCGUGGCCGUCUUCGCCCACGGCUACUUCGCCUGA